AUGGGUAGAGGCAGAGACAUUAGUCAGGAUGUGCCUGAGGCUGAUGUUCCUCGGUGUCGUAGGCCCACUGCCUCAGCACGUAGGCAACGGGUUACCCAGAGAGUCGAGGAUGUUCCUCUAUUGGCUGAGGAUGUGCCUCAUGUGUUUGAUGGUAGCCCAGAGAUGACAGGCGCCGCCGAUGGUGUUGAGACGGAUUUAGUAGCUAGUGAUGGGAGCUUGGGGGCACUUGCUGAUGAUGAGGGGUUCCCCGGUGGGCUACGCGAUCCAUCUGUUUUGAUAGGAUUUGCUGAUCAUGUGGCAUACAGCAUAUGGAGUGGACAGGAGCGACCCGAUCUCAAGUUGGUAUCCCAUGGUAGGAAAGUAGAUAAAUUUGGGAGACCGGCUGUUGAGAUCGAAGGUAUGAUUGCGGCCACCGGAUUGGAUCCACUGAUCAGGUGUUCUGUAAUCACUACUGAUCCUGGACUUAUAUCCGCCUUUGUUGAGAGGUGGCAUAGGGAGACGAGCAGCUUCCACCUCCCAGUAGGGGAGGUGACGAUCACUCUAGACGACGUUUCAUCACUCCUGCAUAUUCCGAUUACUGGCGCGCUGCAUUCAUUCGAGUCGCUGGUUACAUCUGACGCAGUGGCCCUAUUGAUGAGGAUACAGUUGAGACACGUCAGGCAGGUGGGCCUCAUGUUCGGUUAUCCUGGCUUUGGGACAUGUACCAGAGCAUUCAGGGACCUGGGCCUGGCAGAGGCAUUCUCUUGGGGAGCGGCCGCCUUGGUCCACCUGUAUGAUCAGUUUAACGAGGCGUCGCAGGCCCCUCCACGGCAGAUGGCCGGUUACAUUUCACUACUUCAGUGCUGGAUUUACGAGCACUUUCCAUCGGUCCAUCGGUGUGUCGUUGAUGAUGGUUAUGUUGAGGCUAGCCCACAUGCCUGUAGGUGGCUUAUGGGUAAGGCCCAGAUGACCGGGAUUAAGGGAGCCCCGUACAGAGCAUGUAUUGAUGCCCUGACAGUGACCGACGUCUGUUGGAUGCUGUAUGUUGAGCAUCAGGGAGUUCGGGGCUAUGAGUUGAUCUCCUCGUACACGGGACAAGUUAGAUGGGGUCAGAUCAUCGUCUACAUUCGACCAGAGAGGGUGGUUCGACAGUUUGGGUACAUUCAGACCGUUCCUCCACCACCGGUUCGUGAUUCGUUGACAGGUACUGAUAUAGACGACCGGUGGAUUUCGCACCCUUUUGUGACGCCGACGGAAGACACUGCUGAGCCGAGACCUGUUCCUCCCCCUCUCCCUCAUGAUGAUGACUUCGUCGAGCCACCUGUCCCCGAGGUUCCAGUCGCGUCGGAUCUCCCUACGCAUUUUGUGGAUGUGAUAGCUAGAGAUGACGACCCAGAUGACAGUCUUAGGCUGCGACAGAGACACCACAUAGAUUAG